AUGGCCUGGGGCCCCGACCGGAACUCGGCAAUCUCCACGCUGGACUCCGCCCUGGCGGAAUUCCGACUGGAAGGCGUGGACACCAACAUCCCCCUCUUGCGGGAUGUGCUGGUCAGCCCGGAGUUCGUUGGUGGCGGAUACCACACCGGCACUCUGCCGGCCAUUCUUGAGCGACGGCUUCUAGCUAAAGACGCGGAAUCCAACGUGAACCGUAACGGGACCAACCCCGCCCAUAAAUCGGGUUCCGGCGCACCCGCGCCCGAGCUCGACCCACGCGCUUUGGCGGCGGCCAUCGGCGCGGCCGCGGUCUAUGCCGCUCAGGAACAGAACCCAGCGGGAGCGUCGGCCGGCGACCGCGGUUCACGCUGGCGCACGCAGGGCCGUCGGGAACUGUUCCGCUCACGGCUUGGCAGUGGAUCCUGGUAG